UUCUUCUGAAAUUAUUUUUGAAGAAUUCUCAUUCACACGAGAUGUCUUCCAAGUAAAAUUCAUUUUUUUUUUUACUAUUUCUCACGGCUUUUAAUUGCUAACGAGAGAUAGGGAACCAAUUUGGGAAUAAAUUCAUCGAAAAAUAUCAAAAAUCCACGUGAAUUUUUUGAUAUUUUCGAUUUAUUUCCAAAAAAUGUGAAACAAAAAAUUCUCCACGCGGUCUCCACGCGGCAUGGAGCAAAGAAAAAAAUGCCAAGCUGUUCAUUUGGGGAUCAUAGCGAGACCAUAGCUAUGUUCCUAGAUUAUAACAGCGAGACUAAAUUGACUAUAUGUCCUCGUAGUGGGCUUCUUUCUCAAUGAAGUCUAUCUCCUGUUGAUAGUCAAACAGAAUUUUUCGCUUUUUUUCAUGAAUUUUCUCGCAAAAAAAUGUCUUUUCUUCGCCAAUUGUGCAAAUAACGACAACUGCAGGUCAGUUUCGAGGCAUGAACUGCAUGUUAACAACAUUCGAUGUCGUCAGUUUUCGCUUAACGCUCAUCGUGCAUUCACUUAAGUGACAAAUAAUGGAAGAAAUAAUUGGCUUGGAAUUGCUUUUCGCCUCAAUUCUCGUCAUUUUGAACGUUUUUGAGCUUUUUGUGUUCGUCAAGGGCUUGGAUAGCAUCAAACAGCAAAAAGUGAUAAUUUCGUUAAUCAUUUCCGACAUCCUGUUUGCCGUUGUUGCGAUGCCCUUGAGUGUUCUUUUGGUCCUAGAAGUGCCUAAAACUGCAUUUUGGAGUUGUUUGAUGAUUUCUUGCUAUUUGGCAAUUGAAGUUUUGGAGACACUUUGCAUCAUGGUCGUGUUAGUAGAGAAAUUUUUCGCCAAAUUGUACCCGAUGAAGUUUUUUGUGCACGCUACGGGUCGAACAAUCAACGCUGCAAUCGCGUUUUGCUGGACCACAAGUCUCUCUUGGGGCAUCAGUUCCUUCCUUUUAUUGAACUUUUUGAACGAAAAUCUUGAAAAAAAUCAAUUUUCCUACUUCCAGUUGAUGCAAAAGCCCAAUUUUGUCAGUAAAUGUCAACUUGGGUUCAUGAUUUUGGGAAGUUUUGUCGUCGCUUUUACUCAACUUCGAACAUUUGCGAUACAAGUUAAUGCUACCACUUCUCGUGUCAUCGUCUACCAAAAUCGCAGAAAAUCUGAAGUAAUUUUGUAUCGCAACAGCGAUUCGCAGCUUUCGUCAAAGGAACGUCCCUCAUUCGACAAUGGGCUUCGUCGAAAUCGAGUCAAUGCGCCAAAUGCUUCCAUGGUUGUUCUUCGAAUUAUCUUCAGGGUUUGCAUUUUUCUCAGUUGUCGGCUUCCGAUUUACUCGUAUUUCGUCUUUAGUCCCGAGAUGGAUGCGAAAAUUUGCGUAAAAUUGUUAAUUUUGAGCCAUUUUAGUGUCUUGUGGAAUCCCAUUUUGUACGUUUGUCACUUGUCAAAGUUCAAGGAAGCGUUUCGACGGAUUUUUUUGAAUAAAUAA